AUGGCAAAAGAGAAAGAAAAUGGAAAUCAAAGUGAUGCGAGUUUUUAUGAACUUGAUGACGAAAAGACUAUCCUUUCUCUCAAAUUACCGCAAAAUAUAUUGUCGGAAUGGUUUCAUGGGCGCUCGAUCGCAUUAUUUAUCUGUUUGGAUAUUUCGGGCUCAAUGGCUGGCUCAGGAAUUCGUCAAGCAAAACAAGCAAUACUGACAUUGUUGGAAGGUGUUUUGACGACUGGUGCAUGUAAGGAAGAAGACGUCACAUGCUUCUUUUUUAAUCAUGGAUGUCAAGAGGUACCGUUUGCUGAUAAUCCAAAUUUGCGUUGGGAUAAUGGUGGAAUCAAGGCAUAUUUUGAUAAUAUAGCUGCUACUGGCGGCACAAAUUUCAGUGCAGUUUAUGAAUCGAUCGUGAAACAUAUUGCCAAUGUAAAGACAGAUUUAGCUGUUAUAUUUUUCACUGACGGUCAAACAACACCAGUCUCGAAAGAAAAACAAGAUGCACUGGCUCAUGCACUUUCCCACUCGAAAUAUGGGACUGAGGUGCACACUGUUGGAUUCACUGGUGACCAUGAUGCAGUUAUUUUAUCAUGGCUCACAAAACUUGGAACAAAGCAAGGAAAUUUCCAAUAUGUUAAAUCAUCGGGUGACAUUCCAAACACAAUGAAGACAACAUUAGAACUGUUGGCACUGGGAGAUCGAAAUGUUUUUGUGAAAAUAGGUGACAACCAAGAGCUACAAACAUCAUUUGAUAAUGAAGGUCGUGGUAGACUUGUGCUCACUGGCGAGGACAAAAGUGUGCGUGGUAAGAAAAUAACGAUUCUAAAAGAGAACGAGGGCAACGAUACAUUCAGCAUCGAAGCACUUCGUGAGGUCAAUCAAAGUGAUCCGGAAGCAACGCUGUUGACAAUUCCAUUUAUACAGCAUGAGAUCACAAGAUUGACGAACGAGGUGGUAGCCAAUUCUGAUGAGAAUGCAGACCGUGAAAAGUUGAAUAAAAUUGCAGAUGAGGCGGAAACAUAUGAUGCAAAGCUAAAUGUUAUCCUUGAGAAUGCUUUCAAGAUCAAGUCCAUUUGGAGAAAUGUCACUAUACAACAAUGUAUGAAUGUGAAGUCAAUUCUUAAUAAUUUUAAAGAUUUGCUGUCAGAAGCUCUCAAAGGGACCCUAACAAAUGAAAAAAUCGCUACUUUCAACAAUUUAGCAUAUAAAAAUGUAACUAAAAGUCGACUGAAAAAGAGAUUAGAUGAACGCACAAUAAAAAAUAUUGCACAAAUGGAAGCCAUAGAGGAUCGUUUACAGUCAUUGAUCAAAUCGAUUGAUUUCGACGAAUUAGAUCAAAAUGAAUCCGAAGAAAACAAAUCAACCUUUACUUGCACACUGACAACCGAUAAUUACAUUGAGGCAAUGCGUGAUGGAGAAUGCAUGUGUCUUACUCUUGACAUUGCACGUUCAGAAGCGGCUAUCGCUGAUCCUACUCAGAUCAAAAUUAAGACAAUUAAUCAAACAUUUCUUACCUCGGAUGCUUUCAUGACUUCAGUUGGACAUGCACUUGAGGAGAAUGACGAAGAGAAUGUGCAUGGAGGAUUUCAAGGUCCUUCGUUUGGUGCAAGUGUGAUUAAGGGUCUCGCAAGAGAAGAUAUAACAGGGAUCUUGCCGCUAUACAUCAAUGAAAAGCAUUGGCAAAUAGCAAGAGAAAGGAUUAAGCCCAUCUUGGGUUAUAUGACUACCCUGGACGUAUUUGGGUAUUCUUAUGCUCAACUCACGACAAUUCCAUUCCUUGUUUUGGGGAGAGCAUUCUCGGACACAUCGAUGGAUUUUCGUCGAUUCCAAUUCAAAUUGAUCCUAGAAACUUGUGACGCAAUCUACAAACAAGCAGCAAACCUUCGCGAAGAAAACAAGAUGCUCUUUGAAAAAUACACGAAAUCACCUUUGAAUAGAACCAUCGAUAGUGUUGCGAAUCACGAAGUUUUGUUUGGUCACUUACUUUGUGCUGUACGAUGCGGUGAUGUUUCGUUAGCACAGGUACACUCUUACAUACAAUCUGGUAUGGUAAAAUAUGCCGUCGAAGAGACCAUUCGACGAAGACUCAAUAGAAAUCUUGGCAAUAUCGAAGAACAGUUAAAUAAUGCUCGGGUGUUGCUAGGAAUUGAUCAGAAGGAAUAUUUCGACGAACCCAUUAAUGAAUUCUCAAAGGCAUAUGCUAUCUAUGUCAAAGAAGUGAAAGAUUCAAAGAAGUCGGUCAAUGAUCGUUAUUCUAGUGCAUUUUUUGCCGAGUUAGCUUCAAUCAAUAAUACUGAUAAAAUGGAAGUCGAAUCCAAUUAUAAUAAGUCAGAGCAAGAGGGGAACCUGAUGGAUGUAGAUGAAAUUCUUGCACCAACUGUAAAGACAAAACAUUAUGAUUCUUCGAAAUUUAAAGUGAUUCCUACAACCAUUCAACUACUGGACAAGAUAAAAAAUAUCGUAUCAGAGAAUGUGGAAAUUCUUCGCCGUUAUCAAGCGAUAUUCGAAUGGGCCAUCAGAACAAACUCUGUCGAUUUUUUGAACUUUUCCGAAUUCAAUAGCUUUGUCCCGAAGAAGACGCCAUACACUGAUAAUUUCUUUAAGCAGUUUUCGCCCAAAGUUCAACUAGCAACCGUUCUUCAAGCAUACAUUCACCGACAAAACUCUACCCGACGUGAAGCUGCUGAAGGAACCAACACCACAAACGUAUUCUUUGAGCCAUUUUCAGAAACGACCGCCGAUAACAUCCUGUCAAUUCAAUUUGAAGAGUGUGUUUCAAGUACUUUGAAGCAGAGGGUGUCUGAGAUUAUUGCGUCAUAUACAAAGCAGGCGAAUAAUGCCGUGGGACUUGACUUUUGGGAGGCGACGUCUCCUGAAGAAGCCGCGGGAUUGUUAAUUCUUGAAGUGAAGUGUCGCGGAACAAAAGUAUAUGCACAGAUAAUUAAAGCUCUACAAAAACCGCAUAUGCCAUUGGCACGAGAAAAGCUCGAGAUGAUGGUAUCUGGUUCUUGGAAGGGUGUCCGAUUAUUUAAAGACAUGUUCACCAAAUUACCUGAAAAAGCUAUCUGGAUUCCUUCUCGACAAAAUUUGUACAGGACAUUAACAGCACAAAAAGAGUGUGUGCCUGAUGUCACGUUCUGGACCACGUUAAUACCAAGUGCUAAGACUUAUAUCGAGCAUCAAUUCGAUCAGGAAUAUUUGAGUCGUCGACGUCUUGAAAAGUGGCAGCUUCGAGAGCAGAAACGAGGGCAUGAAUUAACCUAA